AUGGACAAAGAAAACUUGUUCAAUGCUCCCUAUUUCACCUCUGAAAGCGACGAUGAAGAUGCCGUUAUCACCGCCUUAACUCGCCGCUUCUCCCGAUCUGCUUCAAUUCAACAACCUCUCUACAUUCUCAAGGAAAAACGGGUUUUCUCUGCUUCUCCGGAAUCAACUCUUGGCUGGCCGCUUUCUACCCCUUCUCGGCCACCGUUUCUCAAAGCUGACGAAGAUGCUUGGAAUCUGAUCUAUGCUGCGGCGGGACAAGUCGCCAGGAUGAAGAUGAGGAUGAGCAUCGCCACCGCCACCGCCGGCGUUGUUGCUCACAAGAACAACAGAGGUCUACCCGGAGCUUCUCGUGCUUUUGCUCAUCCUCACUGUUCUUCAUGGGGGACGAGUGAUGGAGAUGAGUUUUUCCGGCAGCGACAAUUUUGUCGGAAGAGAGGUGGUAACGAAAGCUGUGGGGACAGGUCACCAAGUUUCCCUCAGUCUGCAUGGCCUCCACCCCAACAACACCGACCAAAUCAACCCAAACCCUGCAAUGUGCCGGUCAUGAAACCCGUCGUUGUCGGUGGAUCUGGUGGCGGUUGUGACGGUGGUGGUGGUGGGAAGAGGGAAUGUGCCGGCACUGGUGUCUUCUUGCCCCGAAGAUACUGUAACAAGCCACCUGAAUCUCGAAAAAGACUAGCAUGUUCGCCUGCUAAUCUGCCAGCUAGAAUGAUUCAGUCUUCUUCCAUUACCCCACCUGAUGAAAUCGAAGCUCGCAUCAAUGGCGGUUUCAUCCCACAGUAUGAAAUGGCAAGGGGUGGGCAGCAGCAGCGGCGGAGCAACCACCACAUCCAGGGCGGCGUCAAGGAACCAGUGGCGAACAACCCAGAAAUGCUCCUCCCUCAAGAAUGGACCUACUGAAAACGGAAAAGAGUAGUAGUAGAUAGAAGAGUGAAUAUAUGAGUAGAAGGUAGAGAAUGAUUUUGUUUGAUGUUGAUGAUGAUCCAAGUACAAAGAUGAAAAUAAAAGGGAAGAUUUUUAG